UUCCAAGCCUUCUACCUUCGCCAAGCAACCCGAGAAUUCGCCAAUGACCUGGACAAAUUGAGAAGUGCCGGAGAUUUUCAUCAGGAGAAGAGUGUCCCUUUACUGAUUUCUGCUUUGAAGCAAGGCACUGCUUGUUUUAGUGUUGAGGAGAGGAGGAUGGUGGGUGGCAUGGUUGGUGAGAAGGCUGAAUGA